AUGGCACCUCGGUAUGCCGUGUCGGACUCGGACGACGAUUCCGACUCGAGUCAAUUAGCGGCACCUGCAAGACCCUCCGAUGAUGCUCUCGAAAAAGCCUUACGCGACUCGGUCGCGAAGAUCUACCAGUCUGGGAAAAUGGAAGAAUUGACUGUCAAGAGAGUGCGAUUGGCGGCAGAGAGGGCACUUGGAUUAGAGGAAGGGUUCUUCAAGGGGGAUAGCGCGUGGAAAUCGAAAAGUGAUCAGGUUAUCAAGGACGAAGUGGAGGUGCAAGACAGGCUCGCACAAGAACCAGCACAGGAGCAAGAAGAAGCCGAAGAAGAUGAAGAAGAUAUUACCUUGUCUCCGCAGAAGACCUCGAAACCCCCCAAACGCGCAAAACCUACAAGUACCCCUACGUCAAGGAAACGCAGAAAGACAGAAACCCCAGAACCCAAAGUCUCGGACGACGAGGAAACCGGCGCGUCCAGCGACAGCGAGGACGAGGUUAAGAACGUUCCCGGAAGACGGUCAGAAACUGAAUCAGAAAGGGCCGACUCGGCUGAUGCAGCUGAGCAAGCCGCCGAUACUGGGAAGGUCGAUUCGGAGAGUGAAAUGUCAGUUGUCCUCGAUGAAGAGCCCAAACCCAGCCGCAAACGAGGGAGAAGCUCAGAGAGCACGUCGGCGAAAGGGAAAAAGAAGGCGCCUGCCAAAUCAAAGGACGCUAGUCUUGAUCCUAACGAUGCCGAAGUCAAGCGGUUGCAAGGAUGGCUGGUCAAAUGUGGUAUUCGCAAGGUGUGGUCUCGAGAGCUGGCUCCGUAUGAUACACCAAAAGCGAAGAUCAAGCAUCUCAAGGACAUGUUGAAGGAUGCGGGAAUGGACGGGCGCUACUCACUAGAAAAGGCCAAACAGAUUAAAGAGAAACGAGAGUUUGAAGCCGACCUUGCCAUGAUCAAAGAGGGUGAAAAGCACUGGGGCCGGCGGAGCGUGGAGGAGGAAAGUGACAGCUCUCGACCUCGACGGAGACUCAACCGGGGUCGACAGACUCUGGCCUUCUUGGAAAGCGAAGGGGAAGAGACUGAUUGA